UGUGAUGGCUUUGUCAGAGGCAUAAGUAAAUUAGUCCAGAGGAUCAUGGCUGAAAAGGAGAACGAACCUUUGGCUACUACUCCAGAUAUGUGGCUCUCAAAAGAGGCCGCAUCAAUUGUUGCGAUUGAAAAAUUCGGAACGUUUAGACGUGCAUGUAUAGAAGCGUUUGAUACCCGGAUGUCACCUAUUCUUGGUGGACUGUUUGCAGCAUUAGAUACAAAUCACAACUUAAAUUUGCUGGAAUGUGGCGUUGGAACAUGGCAGCGGAAUCUGUGGAUAGCUCUUAUAAACACAAAGGAAGUUGGUGUACACUUGUUUACAAAAGUUCACACCGAGAGAGGGCUACAAUUUGAAGUGCAUGGCACUGGCUACAGCGGUCGUUUGUUUCAAUGCAAAGUGCCAUUCUCCUGGAUCAUGCUGUCUACAAUUGAUGCUAUCUUACAACAGCGCAAUUUCCUUAUGCAAGAAACCAAUAAACAAGAGGAAAUAUUAGGAGAAAUGGAACUUAUCAGAGCCAUAGAUUCUGUUCCUAAAGAGGAUUUCUAUGACGUCUUUGAAUCUUAUAUCAACGAUUUUGUGCAAACAGUUUAUCCAGAAAAAAAGGACAGACAUCUUGUUUUCAUGUCAAUUAUGCAAAUGACACUUGGUCGGAUUACCUCCGAAAACACAUCUGUAUCAGCCGCUUUUAUAUUGGUCCAUCAAGUUUACCAGGAAACAAAACCUAGAUUAAAUUACUACCGGGACAUCAGCAAUGUAUGGUGUGGAUGUACGGACGCUGUGAUGGCAUGCCAUAGUAAUUUUGAUGAUCCAGAAGAAAAUCUGGAAUUCCUUGGAUUGACAACACUGAUUGAGCAUAUUUUACCUAAAGGCAAAGUGGAUAUUACGGAAUGGUUUCAAUCAGACAGUAACAGGGAUAAUUGGCUUGGACAGGUUCAAAGAUAUAGGCAGGUUGUGAAUCAAACGUUAGCGUUUUGUCAAGAAGAAAUUACCAACUACGCACUUGUUGCAAAGGAAAGAUCAAGGUGGAAUCGAAUUGUCGUAAUGCAGUUGUGUAUCGAAAACUUGACUCCGAAGGAAAACAAAAGUUUCCCAAUAGAUAUCUUUCCUUUACUUUGGAAAUUAUUAGAUGAAGGGAAUAUGGAUGUGAAAUGCAUUGAGCCGUUAAAAGAAAUCGAACGAUUUUUGGUAGUUUGCUUUAAGAAAACGAAAAAUAGCUUAAUAAGGGAAGCAAAGACAUGUGUAAAGUGUGGCAUCGUCAUGACUAGCAACAGCAAAACCAUCUAUUGCGAGAAAUGUGAAGCAACUGCAUCAGUAGAAACAAUAGACCAAGAUAUAUCGAAAAAAGAAAAAGAAAACCCACAAUCACAGGAACAUGAUGAACAACAAGGUGUGCUGGAAAGGGUUCGUGAAUAUCGUCAACGCUGUAAUUUAGUAUUGAUGGAUAUUGUUUCACAGCUUUGUUUCGCAGACAAUACUUCACCAGACUCAGAUGCCAUUGAAUGGUUAUUGUCGUAUUCAUUCAAAAGCGCGAUUGGUGAAGAUCAACAAUUAUUAAAAGAAAAUGAAACAGAUAUUGGAGUUGAUUCAACUAAAAACUUCACAGCGUUCCUUUUCAAGCACCUUUUACGCGCAGACGGACAUGAAUUUAGUAGGCAUCUUGUGAAGUUUGUGAACACAAUAGAUAGAGAUGGGUCUCAGUCAAAAGAAUUGGAUGAUGUCAUCGUUUCACUUAUAUUUAUCAUAGAGGAUUAUUUGCUGGAAAUCAGUACAAAUGAGAUAUGCAAUCUUGAAAUUAUUGGAGAGUAUCUCGGAGAUUCACUACAUCUGCUUAAGCAAAAUAGCACUUCUGUUGACCAAAUAUAUGGCAUAGCACAGGCACGAGCUGCUCUAUCAGUUACAGCAAGUUGUAUAGAUUUGGUUACCAAGCAAAAAGUAGAACAUGGAAGCAAGGAAAUGGGUGGCAUCACAGCCGUUCUUCAAGUGGCAGAGUCUUUAUGUAAACAGAGAACAUUAAUAUGGAAAUUCUUGUUGAAACACCUUGCACAAGAAUUCGGAACUGAUACUUUAUUGGCAGCCUGUAAAAGUUCGAAUGCCAUGGUGAAUUGGAUAGCAAUGGAUGCAAAUGUCACAAGCACUGUUGAUAUGUACACUGCCUGUGGUGAGGAAUACUGUACCAUAAAGUGUCUUCUGCUGACAUCUUUAAUUGAAAGUGAACAGGACAAAGUGCUUCCAUACAUUCAAUCGAUGGUAGAAAAUCAAGCAUUAGUCGUAAUGUUUGAACUUGCUGUCCAUCGGGAAUUUCUACUUCACCACCGCAUUCAGGGCAGUAUUACAACAACACAGGAACACAAACUUGUGGAGAAAAUCGGACAAGAGUUCAAAGAGAGAUGUCAAAACGCUUCGCUCUUGGCAUUGGAUGCGAAUAUUCAUAUGAAGUAUAAUAUACAAGUCUCAAAAAGAACUAUUGCAGAUCGUGAAAUGAGCAUAAAAUGCAUUUUGUUUCACUGGCUUUGUGUCAUCACACAUUUUAACUGUUCUCGCAAUGGCAUUCUGAGACCUUUAUUCAAAUUAGCACUUCAACCUGGGGAUUUAAAGGACGUGUUCUUACCAUGUAUGCCAGAAGAUGAAUUGGCAAUGAUAAGACAACAGAUGUUGGAUGAAGGCGAAACAGCCUUAUUUGGUGAAAGAACCAAGUACUACAGAUGUGAGAACGGACACGGAUAUGAGAUAGGACAGUUUGGACGUCCUUUGGUGAAAGCAAAAUGUUUGUGUGGAGCUGAUAUUCGUGGAGAGUCCUUUAUGAUGCAACGUGGAAAUGAACCAGAUAAUGGAUCAGAUCGCUCACAGAAAGGUCAUUGCUUAGGUUCUCCUGAAGACCGUCAACCGGGACCUGUACCAGAAAGAUCAUUAAGUGCUUUGCAAAACGCAUUGUUAAAGUGCUUACUCCAUUUGUCAAUGUAUUUAGGAUGCGGACAUUCACAAAAUGAUGUUUCUGUAAUGGUUAAACAACAACCCGAUUCGAUACAAACGUUCAUUUGGGAUCAUAUACUAGUUGACUUUGAAGAUCUCAUGUGCGGAAUGUCGCUUAACAGAGACGAAUGUCUACUCUUAAUGCAUAGCUUGAUAGAUUCUAUUCUAAGAACAGGGAUACAAACUGACUGUAUUGCGUCUGCAAGAGAAUGGCCACAGCAAAUAUCGCCAGAUGAAGUCAAACAUGAGGAAAUAGAAACCUUAUCUGUGCAUCGCAUUGAAAAUGAAAGCAAGAGUGAAGAUGAGGUUCAGACAGAAAGUUCUGGACAAUUUCAUAGUACUGAUUUUCUUCUAAAUGAGGAACAACCUUGGGAAACUAAACUGGGACGAGGUCGCUGGGAGGAAGAAUUUGCCAAACUUUUUCUAACUCGCUUUUUAGAGGAAAGGAAAACUACACUGAAUUUAGCCAAACGAUAUUUAGAAGGAUGCAGCACCACUGGUAUUCUAGCAGUGUUGUAUGAUAAACAAACCGAUGAAAAUAUACAAGAAAACAAAGAAGAUAGUAAAAUAUCUGACAAUCCCUUAGUUUGGAUUUAUCGCAAACCUGUCUCGGUUGAGCAUUUUAAACAGGCUUUUCAACGACAUAUGGAUACAUGUUCAUCAGGCGAAAAGAAAUUUACUGUUCUUUCCAUGUUUUUAAAACAGAUAAAUGCACUACAAGCAUUGCGGUUUGUUCCAAGUAUUCUGCAACUUAACAAGACGUUAAUACAACGAUACAAUAGACAGAUAUACCAGUCAGAGGCAUCAAAAAUUACAGUUAAACAAAUAAAGGAAGAUGUAUUUGCCGGUGAAGACGCAAAACUCUUCGAGGACAUGUUUGAAGCUUGGAAAACUGUCAGAAACGCGUUGAAAUAUCAUGAGUUUACAACUGGCAAAGGUAGAACGGCAAUACCUUUGGAAUGGGCAAACAUGCGUUUAACAGAUGAAACAGAAUUGGCAUAUUUGCUUCCUGCGAUCGAUGGGAAAGGCAUUUGUACCUUUGCUCUUUUGGACUUUCUAUUACGGCUUCAAAACGAGGUUAUAGAUACAUACCUAUCGUCAUUAAGUGGCGAAAUGAAACAAGUAUUCACGGUUGUCGAACCUCGAGAUAUUACAGCUGCUCAUUUGAUAAACUUCCAUCCAGAGAAAGAUCUACUACCGAUCAUUUUAGAAAACUGUACAAUGAGUUCCACACACAUCGUUAGUGACGAGUAUGACUUUAAGGCGAUACAAAAACGUAUAAUAGACAGAUUUAUUUCGACAAAGUCAAAGGUUGCCUUUGACCGCCGUUUCAAGAUUGACCUUUUAGUUUACAGAUCAGAAGCAAGUCAAUUUCAUAUUUUGCACACCAAAAUUCCACAGGAGAGAUUAGAUCCUGGUGUUAAACUUGCUUUGUGUAACCAAGUUCAAGACGUUCCAAGCCUAGGUCAACUACUUUCGCAAUUGGACAUUGCAAUUAACUUCCUGAAUAUAACAGGCGGUGAACCUGGCGAUUCUUUGCAUGAAUAUAUGCUUGAAAAGUUACAACUUACAAGCACGAAGCUGACAUGGAAGAUUCAACAACAUUGUCUUUUGAAGCAUGUCAAAUCAUUGUGGAUGAACUUCUCAUUCCAUAGAUCUUACAUAAUGGCUCGACAAGGCAAACAAGUGCAGGUCAUAUUCGAAAACAUUGGAAGUGAAUACUACGAGACAUUUCCAGAAGAUAUAGUGUCAGUAUGUCAAAGUUUUGCGAAGAAACUAUCAAUGGAGCGCCUGAAACAGUUUCUGGAAUUAUUGUACGAGUUUAUCAUGCUGGAACUUGCGAAGAGGGAAAAUAAAGAUGACGAAGAUUACUUAAAUCAAUUUAGAUUGAUGGACUGCCUUACGGCGUUUGGUGAUCUAAACGGAUUAGAUGUAGAUGUUCACGAUAUCCCAACUUCUGUCCUCAGCAUUCAUUCUCUGCAUAUGUGGAUUGUUGCUUCACAGAUUUUGGAAUCAAAAGUUGAGAAUAAAUAUGAAACUGAAAUUUGAACGGACAGACAUAGAUUCAGACAUUGUUUCAGUAAUAUCAUGGGAUAAAAUAGUUAUUGUUCUGUUAUCUCAAGACAGAAUAUCAAAUAAACUUUAAUGUGGUAAAUUAACUUUUAUAGAUUUCUUUUUAUAUCGGUAAAGGUAUUGUAUUACUAACUACUACCUUGUUGAUUUGACUAUUAUUAUAGGUUAUUUUAUUAUUUUUCCAAUUGUAAAUAUAUCUAAUUAGCUUUAUUUAAUAUAGUACCUAAACAUAUUUUAUUAUCAAGUAAGCAAAACGAUUCAAAAGUAUUUUCAACAAUGCUAAAUGCAGAUGUGAAAAGGUCUUUCAAAUCUACCGUAAUAAAAUUGAAACGGAAACUUUAUAUAUUGCACAAAUUCAUCAUAAUGAAAAUUUCAUGAUAUAUUCCUGAAAAUAUCUGCUCUUUCAGUUUACAUCGUCAAAGAAAAAGUCAUGAAAUAUAAAAUGGUAAAAUAAAUCUGAAAGUUCAGCAUGAAUGAGUAUGCUAAUUUGACAUGUUCAAACUUUGUUUUUAUAUGUGACAGUACUCUUUCAAUUUUCUUUCUUUCUUUUGUUUUGGUUGAUUUGAUUGCUUAAAAUUGAAUUUAUUAGUUACGUACCUUUUUAUGAUUUCGUUUCUUUUCUAGAGACUUUUCGGUCUCAUUUGGUUUUAACAGAUAGAAUACACAUGCGUGUGGUUGUAUAUAUGAUUUGUUUAUUACAAUUAUCAUUUACAUUUAGUUGUGUACCAAAUCGAUUCAAAAGUUUUCAUUUUACAUUAAGUAUUUCUUUGAUUAAAUAUAGUUGUCAUAUAAACUGCGUGUUUGUAUGAUUAAACAUAUUUGACAUACUUAUAUUGCGUGUAUAUAAAACUGCAUGUUUGUAAUGUCGCUUUUCAUUGAAUAAUCGUGACAUUUACAUAGCUUUAUAUACACGGCUUCUGUCAGAAAUUACUUUUUCCCAAAAGAAGGAAGUUUGUUGUAUUAUAAAUUCGUCAUAAAGAUUCCUGACAUGUUAUAUGGCCGCCUCGCGUCUCAGGUUAUAUAUACAAACAACCGUUUAUAUAGGGUCAUAUAACCUGUCAAGAAUCUUUAUAACUAUUAAUAUAUGAUCUAUUCUUAUUAUGUAUCUCUAUGCAAAAAUGGAGGUUUUGUCAUUUUUAAUAUUGUGUUCAAAAUGUUUGGCUUAAUUUAUAUUUUGUAUUUCUAAGAUUAAAGAGAUUUUGCUUUUUUUUUACAUUGUUUUUAAUAUGACUUGAGGUUUAUUCUUUAAAGAAUUGUGUAAGUCUAUAUUUGAAAAAAAUUGAACUUACACAUGAUAAUUUCUUGAUUUUACACUUUUUUAUCCUUUUUUAUAUUGUGUACUUCUCACAUUAAAAUUGUGAUCUUUUACAUGCUGUAUAUAUUUGAUUAAACCGAUUAUGUAUUUUACAUUGUUUUUUACGUUAUUUUAAAAACAGAUAUUGCAUAUUUAUAUGAUGCAUGCAAACGAUUGGUUAUCUUUUUAUUUCUUAUUGCUUUGGGUCUUAUUAUAUUGUGUUUUCCUGUGUGUUUGGAUAUUUAACAUCGAUUUAUAUUGCGAAUGUCUAUGACUAAGAAGCUUUGGACUUUUAAUAUAAGAUAUUUUUAUCUAAGGGGUUUGGUCCUUUUUUAAAUUGUAAAAUUCAAAAAUAUAAUAAAUAAAUAAAUGAUAAUACGAAAAUAAAUGAAAAAGAGGUGUUCAUAAACAUUGGCUUUAUUAAAUCAUGGUAUUAAUUUAAAAAAAUAUCAGUUACCAAAAUCAUUUCAAAAUACAAUUAAAACCAAGUUCCUUUGUUAAUCAAAAGUAUAUUUUUCAAAAGAAAAUGAUUCUGCAUAAUGCAAGUAGUGUCCGUUUUAAGUAUUAAACAUCAAAUAUCAGCAAGAUACAAUACAGCUUUUUACACAUGCUUACAAUGCUAUAAUUUACUAGUUGGCGUUGAAUGGAAGUGAAAAAUUUCAUGUUUUAAACGUAAUUUGAUAUGCAUGUAUCCGGCUUUACUUUACCGCAAACAGUCAGUGAUAUGCACUUGGAUGCGAAUGCAAAGAUUUCAGUGACCUUAAUUAAA